UGCCUGGUAUAGCUGACGGAGAGGAGGGAGGCGGUGGCCGAUGGGGGCAGAGUACAGGGGUGUGGGGCUGGUGGCGGCUGCUGAGAAACUCGGAGCCCAGCUGCUGUCCCGCCUUCCUGAAAGCUGGCACCAUGACCCUGACCAAGGGCUCCUUCACCUACUCCAGUGGGGAGGAAUAUCGUGGGGAGUGGAAGGAAGGGCGCCGGCACGGUGUUGGGCAGUUGACAUUUGCUGAUGGCAGCAUUUACCUGGGACACUUUGAAAAUGGUCUCUUCAAUGGCUGUGGGGUGCUCACUUUUGCAGAUGGCUCCAGGUACGAAGGGGAGUUUGUACAGGGCAAGUUCAAUGGUGUUGGAGUCUUCACACGCUAUGACAACAUGAUCUUCGAGGGCGAAUUCAAGGGUGGACGUGUUGAUGGCUUUGGGCUCCUGACUUUUCCUGAUGGCUCCCACGGGAUCCCCCGUAAUGAAGGCUUCUUUGAAAACAACAAACUCUUGCGACGGGAGAAGUGCCAGGCAGUGGUCCACCGUGCACAGAGUGCCUCCAAAUUGGCACAUGGACUCACAGCAUGAUGGGUGCAAGCUGUAAAGCACCCCACCCCAGGACUCUCCCAUGAUCUGCAGCCUAAUCUGCAGGUUGGCAGGAGUGUGGAGUGCAAGAGUCACAAAUACCAUCUCUCAGAGGUAGAUGAUCCCAACUCAACCCUGAUCAGUUGGGCAGCCUGCCUGGGUCAUUUCCUUAAACAGCUUGGGGGGCCCUAGUGUGACCUGGUGCCAAACCUCAGCUGUACAGCCACUGUCUUCUGCCAGACAGAGUGACUGCCACUCAGAGGUAGUGGCAUUCCCUUUGUCAGGACUUGCAUUCUCCAUAGGACAGCCUGCAAAUGCUAUGGCCCCACAGCUUUGAUGAACACAGUGGGAAGCACUGGGCCUCUCUCCCCACCUACAGCAGAGGUGAGACACAAGGAAUGACUCCACAUACGUUGUGAGAAUCCAUAAGGAUAGCCUUGCAUCUUUCCUCACCUUGAGGUUAAUGCAGCUGGGAGGCAGUAAAAUCAGUCAGGUUGGGUUUCAGUGGUCAAAGGAGGAGCUGGUACGUAUAUUAGCACUGCGCCCUGUCUAUCACGUGGCCCUAAACUUCUAGUUAAGGGAUGGGCAGAAAGGAGGUCUUCAGAUGUUUUGAAUUCAACUCCCAGCAUUCCUAACUAUUGGCCAUGCUGGCAGGGGCUUCUGGGGGUUGAAGUUCAAAAUAUCUGGAAACCUACUUUCUGUCCAACCCAGCUCUAGUUGUCUCCUGCCUUCUCCAUGAGGCUCAGAUUUUCUCUUUGUCUCCCCUUACCCCCUCCAAAAAGGAAUUCAAAAAUGGUGUAUUGAUAUAUAGAGCAGAACUCUAGACCUCUGAAUGUGCCUUCCCCUAGCUUUGCAGAUCAGCAAAAGGAAGGCGGCCCAUACUAUCCCUUAUGCUCCAGAGUGUACCUGGGACUUCUUUCCACUCUUUAUUCUAGCUUUCUUGUGCUUCAUUCAAUUUGCUGGGGCCCAUCUCACUGUGAGUUGCUUCUUAGGUGAAAGUCAACAUUGCACAGCUGUCCUCCCUUACAUUGGGUCUGCACUAAUUGACCCGGAGGGCCUAGAAGGGAGAGACCCACUUUGCUUCCAGAGCACUUGCAUGGUAUCCAUGCACCAUAGUGCCACAUACACAGGACUGUGCAUAUCCUGCUCUUCAAAAAGCCAAAAUUCUACAUAACAGGAAGCUGAAUUCGGUAACCUGUAUAAAUUAUGCAGACUAAAACAACUGGCAUGUAGUUGUGUAUUUUAUGAAUUUUCUGCUUUUGCUAGUCAUGGGGAAAGGCAUUGUAGAGCACCUAAAGCCUUAUUGUGGAACCACUGGAAGUCCAGUGCAGCCUCUGGCUUCUGAGAUUUAGCAGGCAUUGCACACAUGUUUUUAAGCCUACUUUUGCUGCCUUAAUGGCUAGAAAUUUGCUUUAAAAUAUAAAUAAU